AGACGCAUGUAUUUCAACUACAAUUAAUCAUUAAACUUAUUCAGAUGAAGGAAGUUUGUAUUUCAACCCAAACGAAUGAGUAAACAAACUUUGUCGAUUGAGAUCGUACGCAACAUCAUCAUUACAGCUUCCUGGCAAUAUAACACACUAAUCAGUCUAACGGAUUAUAAUAUGUGUGAUUCAUAAUACACAUGUCUGGAUAACAUUCCUUUAUUACUAAGAACGGACAUCAGAAGCGUGAACGUUCAAAUAAUAUCAAUAUGAAUAUGAAUGACGUGCCGUCAGAUAUUAUAUUGGAAAUUUUCACCUACCUACCGCAGCCUGUCUUAGUCGCCACCAUUAGACUUGUUUGUCACAGAUGGAACGAACUGUCGUCUGCUCCAGGUUUAUGGCACCAACUUAAUUUGUACCACUCUUCAAUAUUUCUAUCGGCGUCUAAACACAAAUUGGAUGCUUUGCUGCAAAAAAUAGGUCAUCAUGUUAAAGCCCUUAAAACCAGAGUUCCGUGUGUUUAUACAAAGUUUGGACCGAGGUUCUUUACAGAUUUAAAAUCUUUGCAUAUCAGAAUGUAUGAUAAUGAUGACAUUGAAAAGUUUGAAGAUAUUAUCGACUGUUUUAAAGAUCUGGAGACAUUUAAACUUGACGUAUCAACUUUUGAAAGAUUAACUAGUAUAAUUUCAAUUGUCAAGCGACUCACAAAUCUUCGAAAGUUUCAUUUGCGCCAUUUCUUUUGCAAUCAUUCUUCAAAUCUCAAAUUGAUGCCUCAUGUUUUUCAAGUUUUAUUUCAAAAUACAAAAUUACUAACCCAUGUCACACUGAGUUGUGGAGAUAUUUAUUUGGAUUUAGCCAUUCAAACUUUAUCUGAGAAAAAUCCUAAUUUAGUGGAGUUAAAUUUGAACAGAUGCAGUGGCCUUACUAGUACUGCAUUCACAAGAUUACAGUUUUCUAAACUGAGGUCACUUGUUCUCGAUCGAACACCUGUUGAUGAUCAGGCCUUAAAACUUGUAGCGGAAAAUUCGCCUUACUUAGAAACUCUUUCGAUUUCUAAAUGUAGGAAUGUUACAGACAAAGGACUGUAUUAUAUCGGUAUGAAAUGCAUACGGCUCCGAAAAAUAACAAUCAAUAUGUAUUCAUCGGGCCUUGAUCAGUGUUGUCAAGUGACCAAUUCAGGUCUUCUAAGCGUUGCCGAGGGAUGCAGUGAUUUGCGACAAAUAAUAGGAAACUACCACCCAUAUAUUAAUGGUGAUAUUUUUUCCAAUAUAAGCCAGUUGUGUUCGAAUAUACAAGUUCUAGAAUUUGAAAAGAUUAACAGCGUGACAGACGUGGCUCUUAUUGCCAUAUCAACACAUUGUACAGUAUUACAAUGUGUAAAUUUCAGUGAAUGUGAAGGUGUUAGUGGUUCUGGUGUGAGCAGUUUUCUUCUAAACUGUAAAUGGCUGAAGCAAGCGAAGUUUAAUUCAUGCAUGGAUGUUGCUAACAUUUCACUAGGUUCCACUAUAUGCCAAGAAUAUUACGACACACAGAGAUCAGAACAAUGUGGAAAUAGUUUGACAAAAUCUCACUCAUAUAUACAAGUAUUGCAUUUUCGAUAUUGCAAAUAUUUGACUGCUAAAUCUCUAAUAGAAAUUUCACAGUUUUGUCCAGAUUUAAAUGAAUUACGAAUAGCCGGAUGGACUGCUGCUUCUGAUACAGACGAUGCGUUAGUACGACUUUUAACUAGCUGUCCCAACCUUCAGUUACUUUUAUGUUCAGGUAUUCAAGAUACAGAGGAAACAAAUUUCACAUCCAGAACCAUAGAAGCAAUAGCCAACUAUGGACACAAUUUAAAGCAGCUUCACUUUUCAUUAAACUAUUUUAUCACAAUCGAUGACCUACAAAAGGUAUUGUCUAUGUGCAGCAACCUUGAGCAAGUAACUUUCUAUGUAAACGAAAACACCACACUGUAUUUCAGAGACAUUGAGCUUCUAAUUGCCAAUUGUGAUACGAAAAAGAUUGGUCUCAAUUCUUAUAAACGUUUGAUGACAACAUGCUGUCAGAUUUCUAUUAAAAACUGACCAUUU